AUGUCCCAAGUUAUCCAGCGGAAAGUUGAACAAUAUCCAGCUUUGGAAAAAGAGUUAUUAGACACUGGAUACCAAAUAUUAAUUGAAGAUACUCAAAGGGCGACAAGCAGUUUUAACAAAGAGAAAAGAUGGACUGAUAUUAUAGAAGGACCUAGAUAUGAUAGGUAUACAGCACCCAACAUAAGUUUUGGAUUCCAAAAAUUAAAAGGAGAAGUUCGAGCAAUUUUUUCACUUAAAGGAGGUCAGUGGACAAAGGUUAAUUUUAACACGGAAAAAGUUAGAGAUUUACUUAAAAAAUGCCAUUUUGAAUUAGCCGAAGGAGAAAAAGUAGAUAAACCUUUACUCCAAAAACUUUUGCAAAGAGAAAUCUUAAAAAAAUACUUUGUUGUAUCCAGUACUGACAAAGAAGUAAUUAAUUUUAAACCCGACAGUUGGGAAGCAAGAUUAUUGACCUUGAAAGCAGAAAUAAUGGCGGAGUGGGAAAAAAUUAAAAAUGAAGAAAUUAAAGUCAUGGUUGAUGGAAGCCCUCGGAAAGUUGAAAUUUAUGAUUACGACGAACCUGAUUUACCAUUUUGCGAGGCUACUCUCUCGGGCAAAUUAGAAGCAGCAGAGGAGGAUGGUUCCGUCGCUCCCGAAAGUGGUUCCGCCGCUCCCGAAGGAAGCAAGGACACCGGAAUUCCGGAAGAAGCGGAUGAAGAAAUAUCCGAAGAAGUUGAAUUAACACCCGAAGAAAUCGAAUGA